GAAUUCACUCAGUGAGAUUCGCGCGUCCGAGCGAAGUGGUCGUAUUCUCUCCGAUUAAUUAAUUUUCUUUUCGUUAUUUCAUGUAAAGUGUUUUAAUAAACAUUACUAUUGAAGUACUACAUUGAUUGACGAUUGUUUUUUUUAAUAUUGUAUCAAAUAGAAUCAGUGAGAGUGAAUUGUUUAGUGUAUUGUGUUGUUUUCUUCGAUCUAACUCAAUUAGCAUACGAUGUAACCAUGAAAAGUGCGCUAAAUAGGAAAAAUCAAUGUCUUCACUGAAGAUAAUGGGAUAUUUCCACAGAGCACCUUGUUUGAAUAGGUUGUCAUCAAAGGAGUCGAGGAAUAUGUAUACACAUCAGAUGUGUUGAUACAUCAAAUGUGUUGAUGGGCGCGGGGGGCGCGGGAGGGGGCGGCGGGCGGGCUGCACGCGCGCUUCGCCUGCUGCUGCUCCUGGUGCUGGCGCUGGCCGCUGUCGAAUACCUCUUCGGCUCCAUUCUGGACGCCUCGCCCUUCAGGACAUAUCUCUACACACCGGCCUACAAUACUACACAGUCAACAAUCAAAAACAUUGAGCGAACGCCCGGCUGGCCUAAAAAAUUGUCAAUCAUCGCGGCCGCAAGAAAAAACCCCAAAGUGUCAAACACAACGCAAUUUAGAAACGUAACUUUUAAUACUACUGUAUCUACAAACAGUUCAACCAAAGCACCUUUUAUCGCAAACAUGACGCGACAAAAUAUAACCGUAGAAUCGAGUACACCAUUUUUAAUAACGAAGAUAAUGGAGGGGAUAAAGAAUCUGGUGACCACUGAAGGACUGAGCCCGAGAAUCAACGAACCAAAGUUACCUCUAUGUGAGGAAAUGCCACCUGAUCUAGGUCCAAUAACAGUGAACAAGACAGAGAUAGAGCUAGAUGAUAUCGCAACGAAAUAUCCAGAAGUACAUCGCGGUGGUCGAUACGCUCCGCCAAAUUGCACAGCGAGGCAUAAAGUUGCAAUUAUUGUACCAUAUAGAGACCGGCAACAGCAUUUAGCGAUAUUCUUAAAUCACAUGCAUCCGUUCCUAAUGAAGCAACAAAUAGAAUAUGGAAUAUUUAUCGUGGAGCAAGACGGUAACACUGAUUUUAAUAGAGCGAAGUUGAUGAACGUAGGUUUUAUGGAAAGUCAGAAACAGAAGGCAGGUGGUUGGCAAUGCUUUAUAUUCCAUGAUAUAGAUCUGCUUCCACUGGAUCAGAGGAACUUGUACUCCUGUCCUAGACAGCCUAGACAUAUGUCUGCGUCUAUUGAUAAAUUGAAUUUUAGGUUACCUUAUGAAGAAAUAUUUGGCGGUGUAUCAGCUAUGACACUUGAGCAAUUUACCAAAGUAAAUGGUUUCUCCAACAAAUAUUGGGGUUGGGGCGGAGAAGACGAUGACAUGUUUUACAGAUUAAAAAAGAUGAAUUAUCAUAUAGCGAGGUACAAAAUGUCAAUUGCAAGGUACGCCAUGUUAGAUCAUAAGAAGUCCGCUCCAAAUCCAAAAAGGUAUCAAUUACUCUCACAGACAAGUAAGACAUUCCAAAAAGACGGACUUUCAACACUGGAAUAUGAUUUAGUGGAUGUAGUUCAACAUCAUCUGUACACUCAUGUUAUUGCAAACAUAGAUGAACACAGCUGAUGGCAGUACUUCGCCAAGCUAUUGUUUGGCGAACAGCGGUAACGUAAUACCCGAUCUGUGCUUGUACCUAGUGUACCCAAGUUGACUUGACUACAGUGGAAUCAGACUUUUAUUAUGUGUUUCAACAUGAGUUAUGUAAACAGAAAAAUAUUUGUGAAAGUUACUAAGUUAUCCAGUGGUUUGUGUGAUUUCUGAAGUUAGUUUUUUUUUUAAUUUAACUUUAUUUAAGAUCAAAAAAUGUUUUUACAGUAAGUAUUUUGUUUGCAUUCCAACUCAUGAUAAAAUCGCAUACAUGCGGACGAUUUAAGUGGGUUAAAAAAUAUUUCAGUGCUAAAGACGAAUCUUUCUGUGUACCCAUAGUUAGUGAUAAGUAAUGUAUUAAAAAUGUUAGAGUGACAAACAAGGUUUUAGCCGAGUUAAGGUAGACGCGCAUUACACCAACUUGUUAAUGCAUCUUUGGUAUUAAUAAAAAAUAUAUUGUUCUCGAUCUCGCGGCGUUUACCCGUAAUCAACAUAUGUACGUCGUGUAGGCGCCGCAGUAAGGUGCGUCUAAUGAGCGUUGAUCUUUAUGAUGCUAUACAUCAUGUUGAAGUGUAACUGUAUGUUAUUUAUUAAAUAAUUUUUAUUCUUUACUGCUUUAAUAGUAUUUAAUUGCGUUUUUUGAUGAUUUUUUUUUUGACGAUUCCUAUUUUUUUUAAUCUUAUCAUUUAUCAAUUUGUAUCCAGAGUUUUAUUGCUUUAUUUUAGUAGUGCGGUUGUUUUAUUUUUAGAAGUUUUUUUAAUUACGCUAGUCGUUGUGAGUUAUCGUAUUAAUAAUUUGUAUUUUUUUAACAAACCCUUCUCGGUUUAAGGUCAAAAAUGUUACUAACAUGAUUUUUAAAAUUAAAACGUAUGUUCCUUAUUUGAGAUAGCCUAAGUUAUUUAACAAAUCGGACCUUUAGUGUCAACGCCGUCUCGUCACCUCUUCGUCUAUUCGGCAUCGCCCAGUUUCGCGAUCGUCAUGGCGUUGACUAGCUACCUUUAGGCAUUGCCGAUUGCGCGGGAUAAAGAUAUACAUUUGAUCGCAAAUCGUUUUUAGCAUUCUUGUUGAGACGACAUAACGUUUUGCUAACAAAUGUAUAUAUUUAUCCCUAUCAAUCGUCGACGUCGAGGUGGCUGCGCGUGAACGCCGCGGCGGUCACGAGUCGGAGCUGGAAGUGGAGCAGUGCGAUUUAACUUUUAAGGUAUAAAUAAUUAAUAAUGAAAUUGAAAUUAUUGUAAUAACGGCCUACAAUGACCUGAGAGUGUCAAUGAUCAUAGCUUUAUGUUUUAAUUAUAUUCAAUCGUAUUUUUUUUAUAAAUACUAACAAAUACGAACCAGUCAUUUUAAAACAAUUUACGUCAAACGUUGUAAAUAUUCUUAAAGUUAACGACGCCAUUUUGUUUGUAAUGGCGGUUUUAAUUGGACAUUUCGCGUAAUUAGAGUUGACAUUUGUUUUUUUUUUGGCUCUUUAAUGGCAACUGAUUAAUGCCAAUAUUUUUUUUUGAUUAUUAAUUAAAAUGAAUUGUUGAAACUGUAAUAACUAAGAUUCAAAGUUGUCUAUACAUGUACUUACUUAUAUUUAGGAUCGAAUACUUUGUAUAAAGCUUUUUGUAGAUUAAUUUACUAUACAGAUCUCGAUACAAUUUUACUAUAAUAUUUAUUGUUCGAACGCUUGGUACAUAUUCUUCGUAAAUACAUAAUGAUAUUUUUGUUUCUGAAAUUCACUAUAGUAUGAGGUUAUUUAAUUCUUUAUUAUUUUAAUGCUAUGUUUUAUGUUGUAUGACGAAUAACAAUAAUUAUAGAAUUUAAGAUUUUAUAUUAAUGGUACUCAUAGAGAUCUAUAUAUCUACAAAAAUUGAAUCUUAUAGAUGCUAGUUUUGUUUUUAAUUUAUGCUCUUUGACCUUGAAAUUGGCACUUUACAAAGUUACCAAUUGGUGACUUAUUUGGUCUCUCUUGAGACAUUUGGAGAUAUGUAAAAAUCUUUGAGUACCAUCAAAUAAUGUUCGUUCGAAUUGAAAUUACAUAUUAAGAAUACAAGGAACAAAUAUCUAGUGAUUUAAUACAAAGACAAUAUGGCGCCCAAUUUCUGUAGAAUCAUGCUUUGUACAUGAAAGAAAAUCUGUCAGUUUCCGUUGUAAAGAAUUGUUGUCUCUUUCAUUCUCUUUGAUAAGAGAGAGAUGAUAUGUUUUAUCACGAGUGUUGCUAUUCUAGUAAUUUCAUAAACAUAUUUUUACUUUUCUACGAGUUUGUCAACUUUAUUCUAGCCAGUGACUUUUUAUAUUUUUUUGUAGCCAAUAAGCGUGUAUAUUUUAUAAUUAAGAAUAUGAAUUGUGAUAAAUACGAUUGAAUAAACUUUAAAAUGCGUAAUAUUGUAUGUGGUUGGAGAAUACGAACUUUUUAUCUCUUUAUUGAA